AUGUCCGGACUCGACGUGGAGGCUCUUCUUGAGUCCACUGCGGCUGCCCCUACCGAGGCCUCCGUCAAGUCGGAUGACCGUGAUGACCGCGCACGUACCGACCCCGACCAUCGUGACCAUUCCCAUGACAGACGCCGUCGCAGCCAUGACCGCCGCCGCCCCGAUCGGGACGUGGACGCCGACGAAGAAAUGAAAAGCCCACGCAGCGAGCAUGGAAGUGCUAACGGUAGUCAGAGAAGUCGAAAGCGGAGCCGCAGCCGCGAAUCUGACCGUCGCCGUCGUCGUGAUGACUACCGCUCCAACGGUGAUUUCUAUCGUGGCGGAGGUCGUGCUCGCUCCCGCUCCCGCUCACCUUAUGAUGACCGUCACUACCGCCCUGGACGCCGUGACCGUGAUGAUGAUCGCCGCCCUCGCCGUGGCCGUGACGAACGCCGUGCCACCCCUAACCGUCGCGAGAGCAAAUCUCCUGAACUUAACGAGGAUGAGCGUGAUCGUCGAACUAUUUUCGUGCAGCAGCUCGCCGCUCGUCUCAGAACUAAAGAUUUGAUGCAAUUCUUUGAAAAGGCCGGCCCCGUUAAGGAGGCUCAGAUCGUCAAGGACCGUGUUAGUGGACGCUCCAAAGGUGUCGGUUACGUUGAAUUUAGGAACGAGGAGGCCGUUCAGGCCGCGAUUCAGCUCACCGGACAGCAGCUUCUGGGCAUUCCCAUCAUCGCGCAAUUGACCGAAGCGGAAAAGAACCGCCAGGCACGUAACCCCGAGGCCAGUUCCAGCAGUCAGAACGCGGCGCCAUUCCACAGGCUUUACGUUGGUAAUGUUCACUUCAGCAUCACUGAGAGCGAUCUUCAGAAUGUCUUCGAGCCCUUUGGCGAGUUGGAAUUUGUCCAGUUGCAAAAGGAUGAAACUGGAAGAAGCAAAGGAUACGCAUUUGUGCAGUUCCGCGACCCUAACCAAGCCCGUGACGCUCUGGAGAAGAUGAACGGAUUUGAACUUGCAGGACGCGCUAUUCGAGUUGGUCUUGGCAAUGAUAAGUUCACCCCCGAGUCGAACCCGAGCCGUGUUCCAGGACCCUCAUCUUCGAGCCAACAGAAUUUCCAGGGAUCUUCAUUCUCCGGUCAGGGAGGCCGCGGCGUUCAGGCCGGAGGUUCCAACAACUUUGACCGCGCUGGCGGCAGGGAAACUGAAAAGGGCGGCGGUGCCAGUGCCCUUGACGAUACCGAUGUUGCCGGUGUGAACUUCAACAAUUACUCUAGGGACGCGUUGAUGCGUAAACUCGCUCGUACAGAUGACCCCCAACCCUCGGUCGACGACCAGCAGAAGAUGCUCCGACCCAAGACCGAAUCUAAGCCUCUUCCCGUCAAUGUCAACAUGGCCAGUCGUUGUGUUAUGCUGCGCAAUAUGUUUGAUCCCUCUGAGGAAACUGGCGAGGCCUGGAUCAAAGAAUUGGAGGACGACGUCCGCGGAGAGUGCGAGCAGAAAUAUGGCCACGUUGUUCACAUCUCGCUAGAUCCCAAUUCCCAAGGAGACAUCUACCUGAAGUUUGACCGUGUCCAGGGCGGCGAAAACGCUAUCAAGGGCCUCAACGGCCGUUUCUUCGGCGGCAAACAGAUCACAGCCCAACCCGUCGUGGAUGCCGUUUACAGCAGCCUGUUCUCCCGGACCAAGGCCAUCUAA